UUCCCCUCUCCUCCUGCCUUGUGUCUGUGAGCUUCCAUUUCAGCCUACCCAGCCUGUGCUUUUCUCUCCUACUCACAGUCUCUCUCACACUCUCCAGCUACAAUGAAAACCUCUAAGCAAAGUACAUACUCUGUGCGCUCCUCAACCAGUAGCAGGCCUUCUGCUGUAUCCAUCACCCGUACCUCUACAGGGCCUGUCUACAGGGCCCCCACUAUCCACGGUGGGGCCGGUGGGUCCCGCAUUAGCAUCUCCUCAAGCGUGCGCAGUGGCCUGGGAGCCGGUAUGGGAAUGGGAAUGGGAAUGGGAAUGGGCUCCGGAGCAGGGGGCUUCUCCAGCAGCACCCAGGUGAGCGGGAACAGCGGAGACAUCAUGGGCAACGAGAAGUUUGCCAUGCAGAACCUGAACGACCGUCUGGCCAACUACCUGGAGACUGUGAGGAACCUGGAGCAGGCCAACCACAAGCUGGAGAUUAAGAUCAAGGAGGCCCUGGAGAAGAGCGGACCUGACUUCAGAGACUACAGCAAGUACCAGGCCAUAUUGGACGACCUGAGGAGGAAGGUGUUUGAUGCCACCACCGACAAUGCCCGCCUGGUUCUCAACAUCGACAACGCUCGCCUGGCAGCUGAUGACUUCAGAGUGAAAUAUGAGUCAGAGCUGGCUAUCCGCCAGUCUGUGGAGGCUGAUAUCAUUGGUCUGAGGAAGGUCAUUGAUGACACCAACAUGAGCCGCAUGAACCUGGAGAGUGAGAUUGAAUCCCUGAAGGAAGAGCUCAUCCACCUCAAGAAGAACCAUGAAAAUGAAGUUAUGGAGCUCCGUAACCAGAUCGCCCAGUCAGGAGUCCAUGUGGAUGUUGAUGCUCCUAAAGGACAGGACCUGGCUCAGAUCAUGGCAGAGAUAAGGGCCAAGUAUGAAAAGAUGGCACAGAAGAACCAGGAAGAACUCAAAGCAUGGCACGAAACUCAGAUAACAGAAGUGCAGUCCCAGGUCAUUCAGAACACAGAGGCCCUGAAGGGUUCCCAGACAGAGGUCAAUGACCUGCGCAGACAGUUGCAAACCCUGGAGAUCGAGCUGGAGUCACAGAAGAGCCUGAAAGGAUCUCUGGAUGGCACACUGAGGGACACAGAGAUGCGUUACAACAUGGAGAUCGAGUCUCUCAACUCCGUCCUCCUGGGUCUGGAGGCAGAGCUCACACAGCUGCGUAACAACAUCCAGCUGCAGACACAGGAGUACGAGACCUUGCUCAACAUGAAGAUGAAGCUGGAGGCAGAGAUUGCAACAUACAGACGGCUGCUGGACGGGGAAGACUUCACGCUCCAGGACGCUCUGGAAGACCAGAAAACAGUGAAGACCAAAGUCAUGACUGUCACGCAGACCCUGGUGGACGGCAAGGUGGUUUCCUCCAGCACAGAGACCAAGAACCUCUAAAUACCGGAAGCAACCAUCUGACAGGCCCAACAAUCACUGCAUCAUAACACUAACAUCCGAUUGACCAAACCUUUUUUUUCCCCAAUUGGCUCUUGUUACUUCUAACCAUAAGAACAGCACUAACCAUAAGAGUCUCAAUUGAUGCUGCAAUUAGUUUGACUUCCUGGGUAUACAGCUCAUCCACAGGCUGAAAAAAACUGGAUCAGAGGAAAACAAAAUCAUCUUCUAUUUAUUUCAUUAUGACAUUCUUUUAUUUAUGUUUUUGUGUUUGUCGACCACGUGUUCACAAGAGUUCAGAUUUGGAGAACUGUAAGCUUUUUCAGAGACAAAAUGACUGAUAACAAUGAAUAUUUCAAAGUAAUAAAAGAGUCCAAUUCAAUGUUAACAAUCUUUUUUUUAAAAGUAUUUCAUCAUUUUUAGUUUUCUUUCUGUCCAGUUGAAUCUUCCUGUUGCGCUGUGAUGUUCAGACAUAUCAAUAAAGUGCAUUCCAGAAAUUCUUAA